ACUCACUGGGUCCGAUGCGGAGCUCUGCCCCUCCCGCCACCCAGAGCCUGAGACUUACUGGGCACUGCCUGGCAGGCUCCUUGGCCCCGGUGCGCGGAGUCUGGGUCCGCGGAGAUGCGGCGGGAGCAGCGCUGGACUAGGCUCUCUGAGCGGCGCGUGAUGGGCUCCCCGCAGCGCUUCAGCCUGUGUUUCUCCUGGAAAAGAAUCCUGUGCAUCUUUUUCCUGCCAGUUAUCUUAUCAGGUUUUGCUCCUCGAGUGAAAGAUAAAGAGGAUCUUAUAUUUGCAAAUGCACAGCUACAGCCAGCCCAGUACAGCAUGUUUAAUUGGUCUCACCUGACCCCCCUCAAGCUGACGGACAGAUCUGUGGGACUUCAGACUGAAAGCAGAGUUGGAAGUAAGCCGUACUUCACCCUCGGGGGUCACAAGUUCCUGAUUUUCGGGGGCUCCAUCCACUAUUUCCGGGUGCCCAGGGAGCACUGGAGGGACCGCUUGCUGAAGCUGAAGGCCUGUGGCUUCAACACCCUUACCACCUAUGUUCCAUGGAACCUCCAUGAGCCGCAAAGAGGCAAAUUUGACUUCUCUGGAAACCUGGACCUGGAGGCCUUUGUGCUGAUGGCUGAGGAGAUCAGGUUGUGGGUGAUUCUGCAUCCAGGGCCCUACAUCUGCAGUGAGAUGGACCUCGGGGGCUUGCCCAGCUGGUUGCUGCAAGACCCUAAGAUGAUAUUAAGAACAACCUACAAGGGCUUUGUUGAAGCAGUUAAUAAGUAUUUUCACCACCUCAUUUCCAGAGUUGUUCCUCUCCAGUAUCACAAGAGAGGCCCCAUCAUUGCAGUGCAGGUGGAGAAUGAAUAUGGUUCAUUUGCCGAGGAUAAAGAUUACAUGCCUUAUAUUCAGAAGGCCCUGCUGGAAAGAGGGAUUGUGGAACUGCUCAUGACCUCAGAUGAUGCAAAACACAUGCUAAAAGGCUACAUAGAAGGAGUUCUGGCCACCCUCAAUAUGAACACAUUUCAGAUAAAUGAUUUCAAGCAGCUUUCCCAGGUGCAGAGGAAUAAACCCAUUAUGGUCAUGGAAUUCUGGGUUGGCUGGUUUGACACAUGGGGAGGUAAACAUAUGAUUAAAAAUGCUGAAGAUGUUGAGGAUACUGUGUCCAAAUUUAUCACAUCUGAAAUCUCCUUCAAUGUAUAUAUGUUCCAUGGUGGAACCAACUUCGGUUUCAUGAACGGGGCCACAUAUUUUGGGAAACACAGAGGUAUUGUCACUAGUUAUGACUAUGAUGCUGUGCUGACAGAGGCUGGGGAUUACACAGAAAAAUAUUUCAAGCUUCGAAAACUCUUUGGAUCUGUUGUAGUAGUGCAUCUGCCCCCUUUACCCAAGCUCUCUCCCAAGGCUGAGUAUCCCGCUGUGAAACCAUCCCUUUAUUUGCCACUGUGGGAUGUUCUACAGUACUUAAAUAAGCCUGUUAUAUCUCAUACACCAGUCAACAUGGAGAGCCUCCCUAUAAACAAUGGGAAUGGCCAGUCCUAUGGAUUAGUGCUUUAUGAGACUUUUAUCUGCUGUGGAGGUUCUCUCCAUGCUAAUGUUCAAGAUACAGCACAGGUGUUUUUGAAUGAGAAAAAUAUAGGACUUCUGGGAGAUGGUAUUAAGAAGUUGAACAUUCCUAAAAUCUGGGAAUGUCAACUUCUAAGAAUCCUGGUGGAGAAUCAAGGACGAGUCAAUUUCUCAUGGAAAAUUCAAGAUCAGCGGAAAGGAUUAACUGGAUCUGUCACUAUUGAUAACAUUCCCUUGAACGGUUUUAUUAUCUACUCUCUGGAGAUGACCAUGAGCUUCUUUGAAAGGCUCCGCUCUGCCACCUGGAAGCCUGUCCGAAAAAACUAUUCAGGCCCUGCCUUCUACCUUGGUACCUUGAAGGCUGGCUCUUCACCCAAGGACACUUUCCUGAGACUACUUAACUGGAAUUAUGGGUUUGUGUUCAUCAAUGGACAUAACCUUGGGUGAUAUUCAAUUAUUGGACCUCAGGAAACACUUUACCUCCCUGGUACCUGGCUUCAUCCAAGAGACAAUGAGAUCAUCCUGUUUGAGAAAAGGAAGAGUGGUUCAUACAUCCAAACUAUAGAUGAACCCAAGCUGUAAUACUGUGUUAUGACACAUUUCUUAGAUUGUUGGAACUCAUCUACAAGCAGUUUUUUUUGUAGGAAGAAAAACUGAUUUUGAGAAAAUCAGCAUUGCCUACAAUAGCAGAAAUGUAAAAAGAACCUAAAAACUCAACAGGGAAAUUGUUAUAAGUAUUAUACUGUAUCCAUGUCAUGCCUAUUUUAGGCUUUAACAAGUCUUCAACAUCUUCAAUGACCCAGUUAGAUGCCUAAUCCUUAGCAUAUUCUUAUUCUCUAAUCAAGUGUGCUUUUAGGCAUAUAUGAAUAAAAUAGCACAAAAUUUUAUUUAUGUUUGUUCCUACUCAGGUGGGAGGGAAAAAAAAAGAGUCUCUGGCCUAAGAGAGAAUAAGGAUUACUGCUCUAUGUCAGAGAAAGUACUGUAUAUGCUGAUGGGCAAAUUCCUGGUGUGUGUGUGUGUGUGUGUGUGCGCGCGUGUAGGUGGGAGGAAUACAAGGCACCAGGAACAAUGUCUUCAGGCAUUUCCCUACAUCCUGUGUGUCUCCAAGGUGAUAUGGUAGAUCACAUCCAACCAGAGAAGGUAUAGCAAUUUGGUUCCUGGGUACUGAUGGGUAUGACAGCAAAGCCUGGAAUUGAGUACUCUGUGUCUUUUUAUUCCUCAGCUAUAUGUAUAUAGUCAAACCUCUUACUCAUAGUGAACAAAUAUUAGUCCAGUGAAUUUCCUCAAAUGAUACCAUUGGAAACUAAUCACAUUUUUUAUAAUCAACUUAUAGCACUUAACCUAAAUUCAAACCAUUGCACUAUAAUAAUAUCUGAUCACUUAGUUAGAUAUGGUGCCUAAGGCCUCUAAGAAAUUUAGCAAAUAAUCUGGUUUCAAAAGGAAGAAAGGAACCUGCUUACUUGGGAUGAGGACAGAGGAGCCAGAUGAUUUUCUUUCUCAAUAAUCUGACUGGCUGGCUCACUGAAGGAGAAUUCUAUCAUGCACCCACACAAUUUCUACAUAAAACUUUAUUCUCUGGGCUGUCAACUCAAACUCAUAAAAUCUGUGGAUAUACUAUAGACCAAGAGAGAAA